AUAUACAAAUUCAGCCGCCUUCCUCACCUUUUUUCGUCUUUAAAACUCAAAUCGAGCCAGAUCCAAAAACCACACAACCCUUCUAAUCAAAUUUUAAUCUUACAAACGGAAUUUGAUUCGGUUUCUCAAAAACCAUACAACCAUCUUUAUGAAUAAAGAUGAAGCAACCCCCUAAUUCGAUUGUGUUUCACAGUACGGAAAUUAGAAAGUCCAAACGCUCCUUUUUGUACGAUCAGCUUCAACACAUCUACAUCGUCAAAGAAGAUACGCAUUUCCUUAUCAAUCUUCAUUCUUGUCAUGGCAAAACCAUAUCACGAGUCAUCACGAAGAUAAAAAUCAUGCAUCGAUCUCUCUUGGGAAUUGAAAGCAAACCGUCAAUGUUCAUAACAUUUCAUAAAAGGGCUUCUUACUCAUGUUUUGUCCCAAAAGAUUGGAAGGCUCCAUUCGGAGAUGAUGGAUUGCGAUACAUGCUACACGAGCCUCAAAUUUGCAGUGAUUGUUGCUGUAUACUUUGCUCUGUAAGAGUUGGUUCAGCACAUGGUGGUAAGAGUUUCAUGGCAUAUGCAACCGCUGUCAAAGAUGGGUUUAUUUGUGGAAAAAUAUGUUGCAUAGAUUGUGCCCUUCGUUCUUACAUGGUUGGGACUGUAGGAGGAACCAUUGGCCUGGAUUUAAAGUAUUACUGUCGUCGUUGUCAUGACAGGACUACUUAAUUCCACAUGUCAAUAAUCCUCUCCAGAAUUGUGAGUCUAUUCAUUCUGGCAGAGGGGUUCACCGAUUGGGGGUUGAAAAAGGAGGAAGAGAAAGGGUACGGGGAAAUGGGGUUGGAUUGUUAGGUAUGUGUGCUUGUGAAAAGAAAAUAGAAAAAGACCAAAAUGGCCCUGAACUUAACAGAGUUAGGAAAUGAUGUCAUAGAAAAAGUAAAUUGUAACGACUAUAUAUA